CCAGGCUUACACGUGCGCUCACGGUCUGGGUGCAACCAUACAAAGCUCUCUUUCUUUCGAUUUUCCCUUCCAUUCUGGAAGCCCGUUUCUACUUUUCGUUUUAGAAAAAUAAGGGAUGGAAGAACCAAUACAGGAUGUUUUACGAACAGGAUGCAAGAACAGAGAGAAACUUCAUUCAAUUAUAUCCAAGAUAUCAGAAAAUGCAACAACAGAGGAGUCUGCGAUGAAUGAAGAUAGUGAUGACCAUGGCUACGAGGUUGUUUUACCUGAACAUGGCUAUAAAAGAAAACUUGACAUCAAGUGUGAUACCAGUAGGAAAUUGCUGAAGCCUUCUAGUGUUCAGGAGUCUGAGGAAUAUAUCAGGGGAGAGGGCAUUGACACUGAUAGUGUGACAAUUUUCCCUGAUCUUCACCACGGGGGACCAUUCUCCCUUGGCGGAGGGUCAGUCCAUACUACCCUGAAUGAUACACCCCUCCACAGCAGUGUCAUUGACCACUCCCCUAUGUACCCCCAAGAUACGAUAAGAGCGUCAAACCAUGACAGACAAGACCGACAUAGCCCCCAAGAUGAUGAUGAUGAUGAUGAUGAUGAUGACAUGAGUGACGAGGAACUAAACUUGACUCAGCAAGUUGCUCUAGGUCUCAUCCCAAACAAGAACAGGAGGCAGCCAUCUCCCUGCCCCACCCAACUGACACAGGUCCCCUUCGAGUUCCAGAAAAAGCUUGAAGAACUUGAAAAGGAAGUGAGAAACCUGCAGAACCGCAACCGUGCGCUUGAGGAGUCAUAUAAAAAGUUAACAGAUCUUGUUGAGGCACAAAACCACCUUUUGUCUAGUGGCGCCCCUUUGCUUCAGCACAUCCAUGCACAAAGUGCCAUCCAGUCAACCAGGGAAGAACUGGUUCGCACUCCUGAGCCACAGACCACUGAUCACAAAGUCAUAGCCACAUCAUCAAUACCUAGCUACGUUACCUCGGCAACCGUCACUCAAAUGGCACAACCACUAAACACUUCACCGCUGAAUUCAAAGUCGAUUGGCAAAGCAUCGUAUGAGCUGCCUCGACGAGUGUCAGCCAAAGAGGUGCUCAGCCUGUGGGAGCAUGGUUGCGAGGAGUUCCCGCCUCUUAAAGACUGGACGCCGACACAGAAACUCAAGCAACAGAGUAAAAUAUCUAGGUGGAAGAAGUUGGUUGAUAUAUUUAAGAACGAUUACGAGGGAGACUUGGACGCGUUCGCACAGAAUUUCUCGGAUCCUAAGGGAGAAUUACUACCAGUUACAACCAUUUUAUCGCUCUACGAGACAAAGCACACUCCAGCGUUCCUGAACACCAGCAGCUCCCACGGGGGCAACGAGAACGGUACAUCAAGUCCUGUUCGACGGAAGAGUGAGGAUGAAGAGAGGGGAAGCCGGGGGAGACUUCAUUCUGAUGUAGAUAGUGAAUUGUCAGAGGAACAUGAGGUCAGCGAGACCCAAAAAGAAAAGACAGACACCGGCGAAGUACGGUAUGCUCUUCCAAGGAAGGUCACCCCCAGGGAUAUUGUCCAUCUAUGGGACCACGGCUGCGAACAAUUUCCACCUGUGGGGAGCUGGUCAAGAGCACAAAAGAUCGGACAAGAAACAAAGCUCUUUCGCUGGAAGAAGAUUGUCGAUAUUUUCAACACAGAUUGCAAGAGGCGCUGGGACUUGUUCGAUGGCAGGUAUUCAAACGAAAAAGGAUUGCUAGCGAUUUCUGCGAUUAUUGCUAAGUAUGACGCCGAGUACGCAGUGCAUGGACCGAUCUUCGAUAAACCGGAACCAAGAAGACACCCAAGUGUAUGUGAGAGCGACUCAAUUAGCUCGACUUGUCACGAGGUAGAGGGUGAGACAGUUAUCAUGAGAGAACGCAACACAAUUGAGCCUUUGGAGGUCAAGAUCGAGAUACCGCAUCUAAGAGGGAAUGAUGAUGUGUUUGCCCUUACAGCCAAUGAGAGCGCAUUCGAUUCUCCAGACUCUCUUGGUCGACGUUCUUCAAGCAACAACAACGAGGACAUCCACGAGCCCUGUAUCGUCCCAAACAAGGAUGGACGAUACAUUCUUCCACGUAAAGUAACCGCCAAAGACGUAAUCCGAAUGUGGGAGGAGGGCUUCCAGGGAAUGCCACCGCUCUCCCAGUGGAGUCCAGCCCAGAAAGCCGGUCAACGCAGCAAGUUCUCAAGAUGGGCCAAAGUCUACGACAUCUUCAAGUAUCACUGCAAAGGAAGUAUGCACGUCUUCGAAAGGCUAUUCUCCGACGAAAGAGGAGAACUGUACCCCAUCACCACCAUCGUCGCCAUGUACGACGCGCGGGACACCGCCACGGCCGGACCACCUCUUAACGGCAGCGGCUUGCUUUCUACUAAUGGUGGAUCAUCAGAGUCCGAGGUUUAUCAGCUACCGAGGAAGGUUAGUGCAAAAGAUGUGGUGCGCUUGUGGGAGGAAGGGUGCGAGGCAUUCCCGCCCAUCUGUAAGUGGCCGAAAAUCCACCGCGUCGGACACGAGACGAAACUGUUUCGAUGGAAGAAAGUAGUCGACAUCUUCAGGAAAGACUGUGACAGCAGUUGGGAGGUGUUCGAGAGUCGGUUCUCGAAUCUCAAAGGGGAGCUUCUCCCCAUUUCGGCGAUACUGGCCAAGUACGACUUGGAAAAUGAGCCAAUAUCGUAUUACAAACCCCUAACGUACAACGGAACAGUCACGAACAAAGAACUGAACGCGCAUCAGAUUACCGAGUCGGCAGAGCUCCCCGAGGGUGAGGCGAGGUCCCCGAACAAACCCACAGAAUUCAUCUUACCCAAAAAGGUGUCAGCGCUCGAUGUGAUUUACCUGUGGGAGAAUGGAAUGGGGGAUAUGCCUCCAGUCUGCCAAUGGUCUACAUCGCAACGUGCAGGACAACGCAGUAAGAUCUCCCGGUGGAACAAGAUCGUCGACAUCUUCAAGUAUGAAUGUGGUAGCGACAUAAGGCAGUUUGAAGAGAAGUACAAAGACGAGAGAGGAGAACUUAUGCCUAUCACUACUAUACUGAACUUGCAUGACGCCCAGGACAAGCCAUGGGAGUAGGGGUUAUAGUAGAGCCUAGAUUGCAUACCCGCAUUAGGUCUCACACACACACCACAUCUCUGAGUCUCCUUUUGAAAACAACCUGACGAAUUUUACGGUAGCCAAACCGAGUGUCAAUGUGAUAUUAUCAAUCGCGAUUUUAUAAAGUUUUCUAUUAUUUGAACAAUCGACUCAUAAGCCAAUUCACGUUCUAUCAUUUAUAUAUUUUUCUUUUUCAUAAUUGGGCUCCAACCCA